GUAGCAUCUCAACACACAUAGUGAGAGCUGGCGCACCAAGGGUGCUGCUAAAUCUGAAAGGCCCAUUGAGCAUAAAAACUAUGAACCCCGAGGAGCAAACUGUUACGUGGCUAAUAACAUUAGGCGUGCUUAAUUCACCCAAAAAGAACAUCGCUGAUCCGGAGGAAUUUCUGAAAACCUCUCUCAGAGAUGGGGUCGUCCUGUGCAAGCUUGUGGAGCGAGUGCUACCUGGAGCCACCUUAAAGUAUUCGACUGAACCCAGAUGCGAAGCGGACUGCAUUGCAAACAUUCGAGAGUUUCUAAAAGGAUGCCAGUCUCUAAAGGUUGAGGGCUUUGAUCCAGAAAGCUUAUAUACUGGGGAGAACUUCAACAAGGUUCUGUCAACACUCUCAGCAAUAAACAUCGCCACUCAAGAUUGUACCCCUACUAGAUCAUGUCCACUGUCCAGUGCCUCUGCUCCUAGCCUGUCAACCCCUUCACAAGCCGUUCCCACCUUAAAGUCCAGCAGGUCUUUACGGAGGCAGUCAAAAGCUGUGGAAAUGUCGGAGAAUGGAGGGGGUGGGCAGCUGGUGGUCAAGGCACGUUUCAAUUUCAAGCAGAACAAUGAGGACGAGCUGUCUUUCAGCAAGGGUGAGCUGAUCCAUGUCACCCGCCAGGAGGAAGGUGGAUGGUGGGAGGGGACCCUUAAUGGCAAAACCGGCUGGUUCCCUAGCAAUUACGUCCGAGAGGUCAAGCCAUGUGAGAAACCAAUUUCUCCGAAAGCUGUAAAAGGACUUGACGUUCCUCAGCUGACUAAAAAUUAUUACAAUGUGGUGGUGCAAGACAUCUUGGAGCAUGAGAGAGAGUUUGUCAAAGAGCUGCAGAUGGUACUGGGCUGCUACCUGCGCCCUCUACAGGCCAGCGACAAGCUGUCUAGUGCGGACUGUUCCAGUCUGAAUGGGAAUUUAGAGGACAUCCUCUCGUUCCAACAGGGACUGUGUCUUGCCUUGGAGGAGUGCUCCAACCUGAACAGCGAGGAUCUGGACAAGUUCAUGGAGAGUCAGGGUGCAAGUGCUCCCGGUAUCCUGACCCUCACCACCAGCCUGAGCAAACCCUUCAUGAGGCUCGACAAGUACCCCAUCCUCCUGCAGGAGCUUGAGCGACAUGUGGAGGAAGCGCAUCCAGAUUACAGUGACAUUCUCAAAGCAACAGUUGCUUUUAAAUAUCUUGUGAUUCAGUGUCAAGAUCUGCGAAAAAGAAAGAACCUGGAGUUGCAGAUCUUGUCGGAGCCAGUGCGGGGCUGGGAGGGCGACAACAUGAAGUCACUUGGUCAGGUGGUCUACAUGUCACAGGUCCACAUCCAGAGCAGUUUAAAUGAGGAAAAGGAAGAGCGAUACUUCAUGCUGUUUCCCAAUGUGGUAGUGAUGCUGUCUGCCAGCCCUAGAAUGAGUGGUUUCAUUUACCAGGGACGUCUGCCAUUGACUGGAACCACUGUAACCAAACUGCCAGAGGAUGCAGAGACAGGCCAUUAUGCCUUUGAGAUCACAGGGGGGGCGAUAGAUCGCACCAUGGUGUUCUGCAGUAGUGCACAGGAGCAGCUGGAGUGGUUAGAACAUCUUCAUGCUUACACCAAGGAAGGGAGUCCAGUCGGAACAAUAUUGAAGAGUGUUGAUGGUAAGCCUACAACCAUGGCUGGCACAUCGUCUCACCACUUGCAUAGUUUCGGUACCGCUGUGGCUAACCGAGGCCCUCUCGAACCCCCCAAGAUCACCAAGCCAUGGUCCUUAAGCUGUCUUAGACCUGCGCCGCCCCUCAAGCCCUCCGCUGCACUAGGUUAUAAAGAGAGGAUGUCUUAUAUCCUGAAGGACUCUAGUAAAAGCCCCAGACCCAGACCCAAGUUCCUCCCAAAGAGAAAAACGGAGAGAAAACCAUCAGAUGAUGAGUUCCUGAUUAGAAAAAGCACAGCAGCUCUAGAGGAGGAUGCCCAGAUACUCAAAGUGAUUGAGGCUUACUGCACCGGAGCCAGUCUCCACCAAUCCACCACAGCUGUUCGUAAGGAGUGCAUCCCCCAGGUCCUGCUUCCAGAAGAAGAGAAGAUUAUUGUUGAGGAGAUCAAGAGCAAUGGCCAGACAAUCAUUGAGGGAAAAAGUCUUGUUGAUGCUGUUUAUGCUCUAAAAGAUGAAGUCCAUGAAUUAAAAAAGGAGAAUAAAUGGAUGAAGCAGUGUCUGGAAGAGGAACAGAAGUCACGUAAGGAGAUAGAGCGUAUAGUUAGAAAGAUGGCCAAGCAAAAGAAUGACUGGGAUGAAGGAGGUCACUAAAGAACACUCUGGACACUCGCCCGUUUCCCCUCACCAGCUGCAUGUAUGUGUUUCUGUGUCUGUGUGUCCUCACAAAUGUGUUUUUAUGUGUUUUUCCAUCACAUUAAUCACUGCACAUUGUUUUUGGAAAGUCACCAUGCUGGGGAUUUUCAGCCAUUUCUCAUCAAAUGUUUUUUUUGGACAAGAUGCGAUGAGAAUAUCAACUCUGUGUUUAGUGACUGUGUUUUUCUCGCCACACUGAAGAAUAUCACUGUGCGGUUUGCUUCACGCUCCUGUGGUGUGCCAUUCUGAGAACAAAACGCCAACUGUUCUGGAAGACCAAGUGAACUGCUUAAGUAUUUUGUGAUUUGGAAAACUUCAGAUAACUGUCCAUUUUUUCGUUCCGGUUCACUCAAGCACUCCAAGAAGAAGCAUCACAGAAAAGAUGGUGGAAUCUCUUGUUUUUCGAACUGAACAAAUAUCUGCCUCACUUUAUGACUGUUACUGGUCAUGGACAAAAGAGAUUCGAUGACAGUCAUUCAGCCCAUGAACAGCAUUCCGACUCAAGCCACUAUUGCACAAGUGAAAAUAUUCUGUUAAUGGCGUAAGAGAAGAUAUUUGUGGUUGAACAUUGCAGGACUCCACCGUAUCCACAAGUAUUAUUCUUUUCAGUCCUAUUUCUGCUUUUAAAAUGUGAAAACGGUUGCUCGAGGUAGCUUUUAGGUCACAAAUGAACAAGAUUGAGAUUUGUAGUUUGCACUUGAUUGACACGAGAUGCCCUAUUUGCCAUCUUGAAAUGAGUUUAUUCCAAAUAUGUGACUCACGUCAGCAUGGGUACACAGCAUUUCUAAAACAGCCAUUAUGUUACAUAAUCAUGCUUCUGAUAAUCAUCACUAGUUUAAAGCUAUCAGGGAUAUAGUUGUCAGAAAUAGUCAUGUUUAUAAUACUAUACUAAUACGAUACAUCAUAUAAUGUAUGUAUAUCAUAUAUACAGUAUAAAUAUGUAUAUAUCAUAGAUGUUAUGGCAAAAGGAACCAUUUCAACUUUUUUUAAUGGUAACAAAAAUUCAUUAGGUAAUUGUAUCCUCCUUUUUCAGAGGCUUGAAACUAUUUCAUAUGAUCUUAAACCAAAAAAAAAAAUCCAGUAUGUUUGUGGGUUUGGUACUAGGAGCCCUUUUAGGACUCGAAAACCAAGUGUGCGUAGAAGCAUACAGUACUUUAGGCACUGAUAUUGUUCCUCACUUACUGUAUCUUGGAGGCUCAUAUUAGAGUGAGAAACAAUUUUGUUGAUUUUUAUUUUAUUUUUUCAGCAAACUGCUCCCCAUCAGCAAUAGAGCAUAGGGUAGCACCAUAUUUAAUUUUUGACAGGAAUGAAAUCGAGGCUGUGAGGGAUAGACGUACAGUGCAUUCAGUGGAUUGUACUGUAGUUUAACAACAUACCGAUUGUUCAGCUGACAAAACAUCUUUCUAAAGAAACUUUCUGUGUGAUCUAAGACCUUUAUACAGUGGUAAAGACUGUACAUCUGUCCCUCACAGCCUCGUUUUCAUUCACGUUGAAUUCAAUAUGGCAUCUACCCUGACUAAAGUCUGUUGCACUGAAGGUGCAUUUUCUUACUCAUUUGUACUCUGCGUGGCAUGCGUUCAUAUUUUCUUCUUGAACACUUGCCAUUUUAACGGCAACAAGUUAAAUCAAAUGAAUAAGUCAUUACACAGACAGUUACACAAUGACACUGUGUCUGGAGUACUAAACCUUUCUUUUUUUACUAAUCAUUACCGAUCAUAACCGUGACUAAUCUUUUCAUUCGUGGAUCGGAGAUGUGAUCUCUGUCUUAAGCAGUGAAGAAAUGAAUGCAAAGAGCUGUAAAGAUGAGCAAAACUUGGGUGGGGAUUUUUUUAAAAUCUUUUUAAACCCACCAGCAGACACCUCCGGAGCAUUGCUGUGGCAAUUCAAUGCAAUGUGCAACUGAUUUGUUCUUACAAUUGCUGUGCAAGAGCCAGUUUUUCUCUUGGAAGGAGUAUACUGUAUAAUAUAUUCUUCCGAUUAGGCAAUAAGAUGUGCUCUGAGGUACACCAAUAUAAUGCUGUUACUGUGGUACUGUGUGUAAAUCUGUUUCUUGUUUGUGUGCGUGUUUGUUUUUCCAGCAAUUAACCUUGCAUGCCAUGUGUUACACAUAGCCUUAAAUAUUAUUUUAAAGUGUUAACCCUGAUUGUAUUGUUGUUAUGGAAACUCUUGAAAGUUUAAAACAUCGGUCUAAAAUGUUGGCAUCUACGGUGGUAAAUGUGAUAUUUCUGA